AGUUGGAAUGCGAGUCUUUCAACAUUAAGCCCUUCAACUGACGGUCUCAGGGGGGUUUUUUUUGGGUGGGGGAAGCAAUAUUUGUAUUCGCAUUGCUUGCUUUCCGCACUAAUAACGUGACUUUGAAGAGUUGUGCUUCGAGAGGUUCUGGCCGAAACGCUUGUGUUGUUUUUGAAACAGAUGGGAGGUUUUUAGGCGUGGGAUUGUGCCAAACCACUCACUAGGCAUCUCCGGCAUUCCGAGGGUCACAAUUAAUGAGUAAACCAUCAGUGGAAUGGAAUUUUUUAUUUGGAAGAGGCUUUCCGGGAAUGUUGGUUGCAGAAGUCGAACGCUCCCCGCUUGAAGGAAUUACUAAAGUUAGCCGAAAUUAGCAAGAUCUCCCCCCACCCCGAGUGCGACUAUGGCUUCCCCGGAGGGCGCCGAGAUCUCGGUGUGGGUGUGCCAGGAGGAGAAGGUGGUGUGCGGGCUGACCAAGCGUACCAGCUGUGCCCAGGUGGUGAGAGCCCUGCUGAAGGAUCAUCUCGCCAACGCCGGCGACGCCAGGCUGCUGCACGCGCCGCCCAGGGACUACUGCAUCGUGGAGAAGUGGAGGGGCUUCGAGAGGUUCCUGCCGCCGCCCACCAAGCUGCUGAGGCUCUGGGCGUCCUGGGGCGAGGAGCAGCCCAACGUGCACUUCGUCCUGGUCAAGUGGGGCGCCUCUCUCCCGGUGCCGGGGCUCAGGGCAGCCGAGGCGAAGGUGGUCCAGAACACCGAGGGCCAGAGGGACCUGAGCCCUGCCCAGUACAUCAAGAACCUGCCGGCGGACAAGCAGAAGAGGAUGGUGAGGAAGGCCUUCAAGAAACUGGCGAGGAUGAAGAAGCUGAGGCAGGGGAGGGAGGGGAUAGAGACCCUGGUCCACCUGAUUGUCUCCCAGGACCACACCAUCCGCCAGCAGCUGCAGAGGAUGAAGGAGCUGGACGAAGGCAUCGACAGGUUCGAGUCCCGCCUGCACUUGGAGCGGAUACAGAACGAGGGAGAAAAUUAUGUCCAAGAAACCUAUUUGCUGGAGAGCGGGGAGAGCGGGCGCCUGGCAUGUGGCUCGGCCCGGCUGCAGGAAUACCUCAACAGGAGGGAGGAGGUUCUGCAGCUGGAGGUGGACGUGCAGCAGCGCCGGGAGACCAUCGAGAAACUGAACCAGGACAUCGAACGGGAGCUGUGGAGAGCGUGGGGGGUCAGUGCCCAGGAGAAGGGGCAAAGCGACCCCCAGCCCCUGUGCCAGGACCAGCAGAGUUGGCGGGCAGAGGCUGAGAGAGUGCACAGCGAGUUGGAGAGGGGCAUGUGCAACGCCUUCCAACUCCGGAAAAACUUACUGGAUGUCCAGGAGAAAGUGGAACAGCAGGAAGCCUUACUGAGCGAGAAGACGGAGGAAUGGGACCGCUUAGUCCAGCAGCUGGAGUCACUGAACCUUACGGAGGAAGCCGAGAGUGAAGCCCCGCUGACUGGAGUCUGCAAGGACUUAGCCCAGUGCAGUUUGCCGCGAAACACUGUCAAGAAUCCAUGCGGGAGCCGCUCAGCGUCUCUCUCCCCGUCCGAUGUGAACGAUACCGACUCCGACACGGGGAUCAGCUCCACGCACAGCCAGGACUCGGAGCCGCCUUGUGUCGAAGUGUUUUCCACUUCGCAAAAUUACCUUUAGUAAAUCAGUCCUUGUGUGAGGACACGACGUUUGAAAGCUCCUUCAUACCGAUGGAUAUUAGGCGUGUCUUUUUUUUAAAAAACCAAGUGCCCGGAAUGUGUGACUUUAAAUUAAAUGCAUCUUCCCGCAAAGUCAGUGUUGAAAGAGAUUUAUCGGAGUCAAAAUCUGUCCCGUUGUCCAGCUGUUAGCCGUUAAAUAGAAGUUUUGGAAUUUGAUUAUUUAAACUAAUGUAAUUCAUACAUGGUCCGGAGUUUUCAGGUCACACGCCCGAGACAGAGAUUAGACAAAUUAUUUUAUAAAUAACACUUUCUGACAUUGCAAUAAAAAGCCACUCCUGAAGAAAGACAAAAUGGAUAGUAGAGGAGACAGACCUCAAGCUAAUGGUUUAAAGUCUUUCGCCGACACAAUGGCAACAUCAGUGUGGAACAAGUGCAGGAAACUAGCUAUCCAUUCUAGCUAUCCAUUCUAACAGCCUAGCUGUGUGGCAGACUACAGUAAGAUAGCCUCUGAUCGCACCUUUCCUUAAGUAAAUAUAUAAAGCAUGGAUAAUACAGAUCAAGGAAUCUGCAGUAUGUUGCGGUGGUUUGCCUUCAUCAAGGAAUCUGUGGUCGUUUAGGGUGAUUUAGUUUGAAAAUUAACUUACAUACAGCAAGUUCCUCACUGUAGUUUCUUCAACAUAAUCUCGGGCAUACCCACUAAGGAGUGAAUGUAAGUUCACUGUAAUACAAAAUAUAUAAUUUAACCAAUGAGUAAAAUGAACAAAAGUUAACUAUAAUAGGUUUCAUAGUCACAAUAAAAUAAAUGAUAUAUAUUAAAAUGCUGACAUAUUUUUGGCUAGAUG